AUGGCCCCCAUCAAAGUCAACAAAAUCUGCUGCAUCGGUGCUGGAUACGUCGGCGGCCCAACAUGCGCCGUGAUCGCGCUCAAGUGCCCCAACGUCGCCGUCACCAUCGUCGAUCUCAACCAGGCCCGCAUCGACGCCUGGAACAGCCCCGACUUCGCCCUCCCCAUCUACGAGCCCGGGCUUGUCGACGUCGUCAAGCAGGCCCGCGGCCGCAACCUCUUCUUCUCCACCGACGUCGAUCGCGCCAUUCGGGAAGCCGACCUUAUCUUCGUCAGCGUGAACACGCCCACGAAGAAGAGCGGCGUCGGUGCCGGCUUCGCUGCAGAUCUCAACUACGUAGAAUCCGCAACUCGGCGUAUCGCCGCCGUCGCCACCUCGUCCAAGAUCGUCGUUGAGAAAUCGACCGUGCCAUGCCGCACCGCGGAGUCGAUGCGCACGAUCCUCGAGGCGAACUCCAAGCCUGGAUGCCGCUUCGACAUCCUUUCCAACCCGGAGUUCCUUGCGGAGGGUACCGCUAUCGCCGACCUGUUUAGCCCCGACCGCGUGUUGAUCGGCUCGUUGCAGACGCAGGAGGGCAAGGAUGCAUGCACGUCUCUCGCGCAGGUCUACGCGAACUGGGUCCCGAAGGACCGUAUCUUGACUGUCGGGCUCUGGUCGUCCGAGCUCUCCAAGCUUGCGGCGAACGCGAUGCUCGCGCAGCGCAUCUCAUCCAUCAACGCGCUCUCCGCGAUCUGCGAGGCGACAGGCGCGAACAUCGACGAGGUCGCGCACGCAGUCGGCAAGGACUCGCGCGUCGGGCCUAAAUUCCUGCGCGCGUCGGUCGGGUUCGGCGGGUCGUGCUUCCAGAAGGACAUCCUGAACCUGGUGUACUUGAGCGAGAGCCUGCACCUGCCCGAGGUCGCGGCGUACUGGCGGCAGGUGGUCAUCAUGAACGAGUACCAGAAGCGUCGGUUCUCGAAGACGGUCGUGGACACCUUGUUCAACACCAUCACGGGCAAGCGUAUCACCGUCCUCGGGUUUGCGUUCAAGGCCGACACGGGCGACACCCGCGAGUCUCCUGCGAUCUCGCUCGUCCGCGACUUCCUCUCCGAGAAGGCCCGCGUAACGAUCUACGACCCGCAAGUGUCCGCCGAGCAGAUCUGGCUCGAUCUUGCUGAGGCUAUCCCCGACGUGCCUGUGGAGACCAUCAAGACGCAGGUCACGAUCGCCCCGAGCGCGCUCGAGGCGUCCAAGAACAGCGAGGCGGUGGUGAUCGCGACCGAGUGGAACGAGUUCCGCGAGAUUGACUGGCCAGCGGUGUACGGCACCAUGAACAAGCCCGCAUUCGUUUUUGAUGGCCGAAUGAUCAUCGACGGCGACGCUCUGCGCAAGAUCGGGUUCAAGGUCACCACGAUCGGGCGCGGCGAGACGUUCUGAAAAGCUCCUCAUCCGCGCCAGGGGGUGCCUCGUCGACUCCUGGCAGCUAG